AUAAAUACUUCUUUACUUUUUGAUGUGCUUCCAUCAGAAUCUUGGGAAAGUUGUCCUUUGUCCAAAAGAAUCGUUGCUCGGUUGUAGAAUGUAGUCUUCAGCGUUGCAAUUAGCAGUAAACAUUAGCCAUGUGGGCCAGACAUACCCAACCCCCUAGAACGUAACACAAAUAAAUACCCGAAAAUCGCAAUAUACUGACAUAAACUGAUAUAACUCGGUUUAAAAUAACAACAUUAUGAUGUCUUUAACAGCUAUAUCGAAUAAAAACAGAGCCGGAUAUAUCUAAGAGCUAUAACCGGAGCUUUCUAGUAUGACAUGCCAAAGUCCUUCCUGCGUCAGAGCGAAGACGACAAAGACCGGACCCUUCGUUCCCAAGCCAUUUAUAAGCUCUCAGAUCUGCCUAGAGACUCCACUUCAAAUCUCACUAUUCGCUGACAUCCAGGGGAAGGCGUAUGCAGUGCAUCUCAACCAAUAGAAGACAGGCAAAUGAAUAAACUGACCUGGGAACAGCUUGCAGAAUUCAGCAUUCUCACAUCCUCAUAGGAAAAUUGCUCUAAGUCCAGUUCUGUUUCACUCACAGACAUAAUUCAAACGGUUUUAGAAACUAGAGAGUGUUUUAUAUCCAAUAGUAAUAAUAAUAUGCAUAUUGUACGAGCAAGAAUUGAGUACGAGGCAGUUUAAUUUGGGAACGAAAUUAUUACAAAGUGAAAACAGCACCCCCUAUUGAGAAGAAGUUUUAACAGUCUGAAGGCCUUGAGAUAGAAGCUGUUUUUCAGUCUCACGGUCCCAGCUUUGAUGCAACUGUACUGACCUCGCCUUCUGGAUGAUAGCGGUGUGAACAGGCAGUGGCUUGGGUGGUUGUUGUCCUUGAUGAUCUUUUUGGCCUUCCUGUGACAUCGAGUGGUGUAGGUGUCCUGGCGGGCAGGUAGUUUGCCCCGGUGAUGCGUUGUGCAGACCGGACCACCCUCUGGAGGGUCUUGCGGUUGAGGGCGGUGCAGUUGCCAUACCAGGCGGUGAUACAGCCCGACAGGAUGCACUCGAUUGUGCGUCUGUAAACGUUUGUGAGUGUGUUCGGUGACAAGACAAAUUUCUUCAGCCUCCUGAGGUGGAAGAGUCGCUGUUGCGCCUUCUUCACCACACUGUCUGUGUGGGUGGACCAUUUCAGUUUGUCUGUGAUGUGUACGCCGGGGAACUAAAAACGUUCCACCUUCUCCACUACUGACCCAUCAAUGUGGAUGGGGGUGGGGGGGGGAGUCCACGAUCAUCUCCUUUGUUUUGUUGAUGUUGAGUGAGAGGUUAUUUUCCUGACACCACACUCCGAGGGCCCUCACCUCUUCCCUGUGGGUCGUCUCGUCGUUGUUGGUAAUCAAGCCGACCACUGUAGCGUUGUCUGCCAACUUGAUGAUUGAGUUGGAUGCGUGCAUGGCCACACAGUCAUGGGUGAACAGGGAGUACAGGAGAGGGCUCAGAACGCACCCUUGUGGGAGACCCCAGUGUUGAGGAUCAACGGGGUGACGAUAUUGUUUCCUACCUUCGCCACCUGGGGGCAGCCGGUCAGAAAGUCCAGGACCCAGUUGCACAGGGCGGUGGUCGAGACCCAAGAUCUGGAGCUUAACUUCUCUAGGGUAGGGGGCAGCGUUUGGAAUUUUGGAUGAAAACCCAAAUUAAACUGCCUGCUACUCAGGCCCAGAAAAUAUGAUAUGCAUAUAACUGGUUCAAUAAUUACACAUACUUCUUAAUACUGUAGCAAUUUAGUAACAGUCACAUGUUCAACUAUCAUCAGCUGAUCCAGGAAAUAAUUUUCUGAAUGCCAGUCAAAUGACAAACAUCACGACAUGCAACAACAACCAAAGUGCUUCUUCAUUCAUUACUCUGGUAAAGACAGUUAUGCCGUGCUCCACGUUGGAUCCAACAUCCCUAACAAAUUGAUGUUUGUAUUGUGUUAUUGUCUGCUUGAUUUACAGUAGGUUCUCGUUAGUCUGUUUGGACACAGAGAUACUUUGCUCAUAAUGUGUAGAGAAUUGUUCCUUGAUGGAUAGGCUAUUGUACUACACACAGAGCUAUUUUCCGUUAUUCAGGACAUUUAGAAUGACAUCACAUUACAGAGUAGCCUAGUGGGAUUAUUCACAAAAUUAUCUGGUGAUCAGGUUAUGAAAUGUCAUGACAAAGACAUUUUAGUUUCCAUGUUUCACCUGUAAAUAUUAAAUUAUUUAUAGUAUUAGGUCUGUUAUUGUUAGGUGAAGUUAUGGGUCCUACAGUAGGUCUAUCUUGUUAGGUGAAGUUUUGGGUCCUACAGUAGGUCUAUGUUGUUAGGUGAAGUUAUGGGUCAAUUUGUUAAACACUCAAUGUACAAACCCUCAGUUUCAGGCUGAUGGCAAAGCUAGCUAAAGAGCAUUUUACUGGUUGAAGUGUUUUAUAAGUAUAAAGCAGUUGAUUUGCGACAAUAACACAAACAUAUUAAGCAGGAGAUUCAAAGGAGCCUAACAGUUAUAAUCCAAAAGUAGUGUGAAAUGCACUCAUAAACAACCUGGAAAUGGAGGCUAUUUUUGCUGUCAGCCUAUGAGAACUCCCCUGAGUUUCCCCCAUGGUGGUGAAUUAGUAACUAGCGACACAGAGCUUAAUGUGAAUUUCCUUGAGUAGCACUCCUGAUCUUGCGCUGUAAUAUUCAGAAUACAUUGUGGAAAACUAAAAUCUUUGUUCACCAUUUUUGUUCCAGACAGAUAUACUACAUCCAUAACUAGUGGUUUCCUCAUUACCAGAUAUACUACAUCCAUAUCUAGUGGUUUCCUCAUUAGCAGGGAGGUGUUUCUGCAAUCAAAUUGUGUGUGCAUCGCCCUCGUGCUGCAAUUUUAGCAAAUACAGAAAGGGGCCUUUUUUGGAGAUCAAAGGUCGUCUGCCACACUGCUUAGGUUUCGACUGUCUUAAGACAAUUGUAAAGUAAUUUAACAGACCUCUGGGCAUCACCUUUUACCUCAAAUAAACAGUGGAUUUCUGCUGUUGUGGGCCUUUAACCGUCUGACUUUGUUGUUCACACAGGAGAGAUACGGACUAUCGUGGAUCCUCUGGGGAGCCUCAACAACAACAUGAUGCUGAAGAGGCAGAGAAGAGUCUCUCCACAUCAGAACACCUCAAGAAACACCAGUGGAGACCCACAGGGAAGAAAUCUCACCGCUGCUCUGACUGUGGGAAGAGAUAAACCUCAUCAGGCAUUUAAAAUUCACCAGAGAAUACACACAGUAGAGAAAUCUUAUAGUUGUGGUCAAUGUGGAAAGAGUUUUUCAACAUCUGGCUCUCUGACUCUGCACCAGAGAACACACACAGGAGAGAAACCUUAUAGCUGUGGUCAAUGUGGGAAGAGUUUUGGUCAAUCUUGCCAUCUGGUAUCACACCAGAGAACACACACAGGAGAGAAACCUUACAGCUGUGGUCAAUGUGGGAAGAGAUGUUCUACAUCUAGCAAUCUGACUGUACACCAGAGAAUACACACAGGAGAGAAACCUUAUAGCUGUGGUCAAUGUGGGAAGAGUUUUGGUCGAUCUUGCCAUCUGGUAUUACACCAGAGAAUACACACAGGAGAGAAAUCUUAUAGUUGUGGUCAAUGUGGGAAGAGAUGUUCUACAUCUAGCAAUCUGACUGUACACCAGAGAAUACACACAGGAGAGAAACCUUAUAGCUGUGGUCAAUGUGGGAAGAGUUUUGGUCAAUCUUGCCAUCUGGUAUUACACCAGAGAAUACACACAGGAGAGAAACCUUAUAGCUGUGGUCAAUGUGGGAAGAGUUUUGGUCAAUCUUGCCAUCUGGUAUUACACCAGAGAACACACACAGGAGAGAAACCCUAUAGCUGUGGUCAAUGUGGGAAGAGUUUUGGUCGAUCUUGCCAUCUGGUAUUACACCAGAGAAUACACACAGGAGAGAAAUCUUAUAGCUGUGGUCAAUGUGGGAAGAGUUUUACUACAUCUGUCUCUCUGGCUCUGCACCAGAGAACACAUACAGGAGAGAAACCUUAUAGCUGUGAUCAAUGUGAGAAGAGUUUUACUACAUCCAGCCAUCUGACUGUACACCAGAGAACACACACAGGAGAGAAACCUUAUAGUUGUAAUCAUUGUGAGAAGAGUUUUCCUACAUCUAGCCAGCUGACUUCACACCAGAGAACACACACAGGAGAGAAACCUUAUAGCUGUGAUCAAUGUGAGAAGAGUUUUCCUACAUCAAGCCAUCUGACUGUACACCAGAGAACACACACAGGAGAGAAACCUUAUAGUUGUAAUCAUUGUGAGAAGAGUUUUCGUAAAUCUUGCCAUCUGGUAUCACACCAGAGAACACACACAGGAGAGAAACCUUAUAGCUGUGAUCAAUGUGAGAAGAGUUUUACUACAUCAAGCCAUCUGACUGUACACCAGAGAACACACACAGGAGAGAAACCUUAUAGUUGUAAUCAUUGUGAGGAGAGUUUUCCUACAUCUAGCCAGCUGACUUCACACCAGAGAACACACACAGGAGAGAAACCUUACAGCUGUGGUCAAUGUGGGAAGAGAUAUUCUACAUCUGGCAAUCUGACUGUACACCAGAGAAUACACACAGGAGAGAAACCUUAUAGCUGUGGUCAGUGUGUGAAGAGUUUUGGUCAAUCUUGCCAUCUGGUAUCACACCAGAGAACACACACAGGAGAGAAACCUUAUAGCUGUGGUCAAUGUGGGAAGAGUUUUGGUCAUUCUGCCAAUCUGGUAUCACACCAGAGAACACACACAGGAGAGAAACCCUAUAGCUGUGGUCAAUGUGGGAAGAGUUUUGGUCAAUCUUGCCAUCUGGUAUCACACCAGAGAACACACACAGGAGAGAAACCCUAUAGCUGUGGUCAAUGUGGGAAGAGUUUUGGUCAAUCUUGCCAUCUGGUAUUACACCAGAGAACACACACAGGAGAGAAACCCUAUAGCUGUGGUCAAUGUGGGAAGAGUUUUGGUCAAUCUUGCCAUCUGGUAUCACACCAGAGAACACACACAGGAGAGAAACCCUAUAGCUGUGGUCAAUGUGGGAAGAGUUUUGGUCAAUCUUGCCAUCUGGUAUCACACCAGAGAACACACACAGGAGAGAAACCUUAUAGCUGUGGUCAAUGUGGGAAUAGUUUUGGUCAAUCUUGCCAUCUGGUAUCACACCAGAGAAUACACACAGGAGAGAAAUCUCUUAGCUGUGACCAGAGAUAAUAAUAAUAUCUCUGAUCAAAUAUCAGAAAAUGUAUGAAGGAGUUGUUUCAUGAUAUCAAUGUCUCAAUGUAGAAUGUUUUAAUAAAUAGUAUAUUAAUAUACUCUGCAGUAAGUCAGUCAGAAUGUCACAGUGUAGAACCCUAAACGUUUUCCAAUUGAUUUCAACAUGAUAUGGACAUUAGGCUCAUUGGGGGAAAUCCAGGCUCUGAAUUGAAAGAGUACUAUUUAUGUGAUUUAACACAAAGUGACUAACAAAAAAAGAGUUGUCCUCUAACUAGUGAUGUACACAUUAUUCCCAGAAUCAACUGAUUUCAACAUAAUAUCGAUGAGUUAAGACAAAUAAGUGUUGUGUUCCUUUGUUCAGCGUCCCCUACAUUUAAAUGCAUCACUCCAAAAUGUAGCUGACUGUUUUCUGCAGGUUGUCCUCUAACCAGUGAGCUAAAAGAUAUCUCCCAUUUCCAUGUUUUUUUAGUUGUUCGUUUCAACAGCUCGUACAGCCGGAUUUCCCCCUUAAUCGAUAUCCGUGAUUUAUUGCUACUUGUCAAAGCAACAGUGUUUUUGGUGCUUAUGCAGUUUAUAAGGAGCUUGUUUUAAAAAAAGACAAUUAUUGUGACCACAUGUUAGGUUUUCAAUUUAUCCCAAACUGUUUCUGCAUAUUGGUUAUUUAUUUGGACACGUUAAAACUGUGUUUUGACAUUGGGCUAUCCCUCCUAGCAAAAUGUAAUUGAAAAGCCUUUGAAAAUAAUACUAUGCAAUCAAAUAUUUCACAUUUCAUGUAAGAUUUAGUAAUGAAAAUUAUUCAUGCAACCAACUGACGUUUUUUUUGGGUACAAUUAUAUUGACAUUGUUGCCCUGUUUUUAGAAUAUCAGGGUUAAUUCUCAGAUGUGCCAAACCAAAUGUACUAGAGCAUGACAUUGGGGACUGGGCCACGAUCCAACAACAAGCCUAUCUAGUGAAUCCUGAAAAGAGGGAGAAGCUCUGCAGUGAGGUGGAAAGUUACUACGGAUAUUGCAGGAGUUUCCUCUUUGAAAUCAGACAUGUCUGUGGUAAGGACAACUUGGUUGCUGAUUGUCUCAAGGGUGGGCAGUCAAAAAUAUUUGUGUUUUGCAUUUAGCCAGUGCGUUGUCAUGGAUCAUAGUUUAUUUUGACUGCACGUUUUUCCGUAUUGGAGAUGAGUUUUGUUUGGGCUCGUUCCAAGGGGACGAGAGUUCUAGAAGCUAGUGAGUUUUAGGAAGAGGAGAGUUCUAGAAGCUAGUGGGUUCUAGAAGCUAUAGAAAGAAAAAUCUUUGUGGGAGUAAUAAAAAAUAAAUAUCGUUUUUAAUUGUUGUUGCCAGUAGACAGACACCAUGUUUAUAUUGGUGACGGUGAAGCAUUGUAGUUGAUUAUAAUGUGAAAUGGAAGUUGUUUUCUGUUGUUAGUGAGCAUUCUCUUAAGGUGUUAAUUAGUCUUUGGUUUUUCCAUUUAUGUUUUGAGGUUGGACUUUAGCACGUAUAGCUAGUUAGCACGUAGGACGCACUGAUUGGUGUCACCUCGUUAGUCAGUAUGUGUUACACCUGUGCUGGCUUGUCCAUCUCGUUAGUGGGAAGGUGUUUCACCUGAGCUGGUCCAGGUUCUAUUUAAGAGUGUCUGGCCCAGUGCUCCAGUUGUCUUGAUAGAUGUGGAGAGUCAACACCUUUAGUUGCUGCACCUUUUUGGUUUGCUUCCUGUCUUUAAGUUAGUUGUGGGUUUUUCUUUUGUUUGCCUCUUCUUGGGCAGAUUUAGUGGGUCUCAUGGUUGGUGUCUUUUAGGUCCCAGUUGUUGUUACUAGUCAAUUUUCAGUGGACACCCCCAUAAUGUCUUUGAGAACCCCUCCUAAAAAACAAGCUUAUAUUUUGGGUUGGAUAUUGCAUCCAAUUAGUGUUUUAAUUAAUGGCAUUUCCUUAGAAUGCUCAUUGGUCUUUCAGUUGUUAAUCUUCUGUUAUGUUUGUGUACUAAAUAUUUCUGGUUAUUUUCAUUGUUUUCUCCUGUGAAGCCAUUGUGUUGCAUCCAUGUCUGAAAUGUGCUGUAUAAAUAAAGCUUGAUUUGAUUUUAAGAAAUGAA